GGCUGUGGCUCAGCCCUCACAGGGAGUUGAGCACCAGGCAGACAGCAGUCGAGCAGAGCCCCCCGCCAGCAUGGCCAGCGAAUUCAAGAAGAAGAUCUUCUGGAGGGCUGUGGUGGCCGAGUUCCUAGCCAUGAUCCUUUUUGUCUUCAUCAGCAUUGGCUCUGCCCUGGGCUUCAAUUAUCCUCUGGGAGGAAAUCAGACAGCGGUCCAGGACAACGUGAAGGUGUCGCUGGCUUUUGGGCUGAGCAUCGCCACACUGGCCCAGAGCGUGGGCCACAUCAGUGGUGCCCACCUCAACCCAGCUGUCACUCUGGGUCUGCUGCUCAGCUGCCAGAUCAGCAUCCUGCGGGCCAUCCUGUACAUCAUCGCCCAGUGUGUGGGGGCCAUCGUCGCCACCGCUAUCCUCUCAGGAAUCACCUCCUCCCUGCCCGGGAACUCACUGGGCCGCAAUGAUUUGGCUCCUGGUGUGAACUCUGGUCAGGGUCUGGGCAUCGAGAUCAUUGGCACCCUGCAGCUGGUGCUCUGUGUGCUGGCCACCACUGACCGGAGGCGCCAUGACCUCGGCGGCUCGGCGCCCCUGGCCAUCGGCCUCUCUGUGGCCCUGGGACACCUGCUGGCGAUCGACUACACUGGCUGCGGCAUCAACCCUGCCCGGUCUUUUGGCUCAGCAGUUCUCACGCACAACUUCAGCAACCACUGGAUUUUCUGGGUGGGGCCAUUCAUUGGAGGUGCCCUGGCUGUGCUAAUCUACGACUUCAUCCUGGCCCCACGCAGCAGCGACCUCACCGACCGCAUGAAAGUGUGGACCAGCGGCCAGGUGGAGGAGUAUGACCUGGAUGGGGAGGACAUCAACUCUAGGGUGGAGAUGAAGCCCAAGUAGAGAGGGUCUGGCCCGACACCCGUGCGGGGCGGGGCAGGGAUGGGCAGAGGGAGGGGAGGGCUGAAAUCUGUAUUGUAGACACUCUGACAAGCUGGCAAUGCCACUCCUCAAAGACCUGCCUGACCUGCACGCUCGAGCCUCAUCUGGGGCUGUUCUAUCACUUUCUUUCUUCUCUAUUUCCUGGUCUCAGAGCUUCUUGGGGACCAAGAUCUACCAAGUUAACACCUCACUUCCUUGAUAUCUCGGAGGAGGUGAAAGUAAGGGACCCACCUGCUACUUGUCCCCUCAGAGUGUGAUGGGAAGUAUGCCAGAAAGUCCUCCUCACCCAAACUGCUCAGCACUUCACCACCAUAGGUGCCUGGGUUUCCAUCACUGUGGUUUUGUGCCUCUGAGCAAGACCUCUCAAAGGUGCUUUGAGAGGGAGGGGAUCCAAAGAGGCACAGCCAGUGGGGGCCAGGGGUAGGGUGCAGAGUAGCAUUGCCCCUUCAGUCUAGCUUGCUCCCAGUGCCUUUUCGCCCACUUGGACUUGCUGCAGGACAUUUGAAAUCCCUGUAUCCAGGCCUCAGUGACCCCAUCUGUAAGAUGACAGGGAGGGACAGCUAUGGGGAUGCUGCAUUGUAGACACACUACAGGUUCUAGAAAGAACAGUCUAGACCUGCACUGCUUUGUCUGCCUGUCCCAACCUCUCUCCCCACGUCUCUAGCUGUGGCACACCCAUGUGUCCUUGUGCACAAGUGGACAGCAGUGAAGCCGACUGCAGUCCAGGGUGUUGAAGGGCCUAUUCCCAUGGAGGGGCUUCUCCACAGCAGGCUUGCCUUCGGAGAGCAAAAGCCAUUCAGAGAGCGAAGGAAAGGCUCGUAGGAGUAACCUCACCUUGCUGUAGUUGAUGUGCCAUUGACUUGACAGCUGCUUCAGUUCUCCAUUUCCUCUUGCCAGUGUAGACACAGGAUACCAUUCUACGGCUGUGGGCUGAGUGUUAAUUAAAGAGCACUCAAGUUAUCUGAGGCCCAGAGCCUGAGGAUUCUGUGGAGACAGACACUCAUGCUGGGCACUUAGGGACUUGGUUGCCCUAGCUGGUCCUGAGCAGAGAGGACAAUUCCUGCCCCGGCUCAUGAGCUCCUUGCUGGCAGCAUUUGGUUGGAGGCUGGGUGGGCUGACCUCAGGCCACCGUCGUCCCUCCACAUUGACCUGGAAGAGAUUGGCCAGCCUUGACCUGCUAAUGUGGUUCCUGCUAAAACCUGAAGAUAGCUCAGAGCACAGUGAGCUUGGGAGUUAAUAUCUUGCACUCAGGUCUCUAGGCUAGUCUAUAUAAUCCAUUAGGCUGGAGCAGCUCCACCAGUGUGCCCUUAGCCAUGAUGCCAACAAAAACCGAGAGAUGGUUCUGCAGGCGCUUAGGCAGCAAUGGGCCAUCAGGAGGCCUGCGUGGCCACCAGCAUAUCACAGCUGCACACUUCUCCAUUCCCUAGCAGGCACUUCUAACACUUUUAACAAAUAUGGAACACGCUUUUAACAAAUAUGGAACCUGAAGCCUCAUGUCCCCAUCUCAACUGUACUGGGCCAGUCUUAGCAACCAAAGCCAAGUCUGGGCUAUCCUUUGGACCAUGAAGUAGACCCUUCUCGCCCCCAGUUUCUCAGUUUCUGCCUGGACAAUGGCCAGGGGUCAGGGGUGGGAGGUGGGGUGAUGGCUACCUGGUUUUGUCUGUUAGGGUUCAGAACCCUUCAUGUGUCUGCUCUGCAUGUAUGUCUCUUUUGAAUUGGAAUUUCAUUAUACAUUAAGAAAAUAAAGGAAAAUGACUUAUAAGGUC